GAGGCAGUGACAAUGAAUACCAAACUUUCCUAGGAAAAUGGCACCAUCAUGUCAUAUGAUAAUACCAUAAAAAGAAAAGUAAGUUGUUUCAACGAUACAUUCAUAUUCAUAUAUCACUAUAUACAUGUUCUCUUAAAUUAAGAAGUGUGGUUAAAAAAUGCAUCUUUUUUUUUGUAAAUUAAACAACGAAGUCAGCUGCCAAAUUUGUGAGUUUGAAGAAAGUCAAAGUCCUAAAUGUGCGGUGAGAGGCACAGGUGGUGAGUGAGGAAUGGGAAAAGUGAAAGAGUUAAGCUAAAUUAAAUGCAUGGAGUUUAGCGCAUGGAGAAGAAGAAACGAAAACAAUGCAAUCUGUGAAAAUAGCGGAAGCGUUGAACGUCUCGGAAGGUGGGUUAGAAGACAAGGCAAAGAACCUCACUUCAAGCCUCGACAAUGGUGAUAGCCAACACGAGCAGAUUGAUUCUGGCACCGCCCUUCAACAAUUUCUUGAUCGCAUACCCAUCAGUUCGAUACCUGGCAUAAAAAACUCACCUGUUUUGGAACUGAAAGCUGGAGACAGUAUAAGGGAUGCAAUUCGUACGUUGUACGAAAAGGACGUCUUUUCUGCAGCAAUUGUUGACAUGUUGGACUCCGAUGCGGAUAACAUAAUGUUUUCAGAUCAGUACAUUGGUCUCGUUGAUUUUACAAGCAUGGUUCUUUGGUGCCUUGAGGAAUAUGAAAAGACCACCGACAAUCUCGAAUAUAUCAAGCACUGUGGCUUUUUCUCCGUCCUGGACCAUAUUCCUCAGAUUGGGCAAACCAAGAUUAGCGAGUUGGCUAUGUCAUUCCUCUGGGAACCAUUUUUCCCCGUAAACUUGGAUGAUACGGUGUUUCAUGCACUGCUACUUCUCUCUAAGCAUCUGGUGCACGUUUUGCCGGUCAUACAGCAACGUGAAGAUGGACUCAUCGGUUUUGUUACGCAGAAUGCAGUAGUCCAACACCUUCUUCAAUCAAGUGAACUAGAGUGGUUUGAUAGCAUUGCAGACAAGAAGUUGUCAGAUUUGCGAUUUGAAGGCCUAGAAAAUCCUAGUUGUGUAUUUUCGGACCAAACUGUCGCAGAUGCUUUAAAGACGUUCUGGCAAAACCAAACUAGCGCAGUAGCUGUUGUAGAUCGACAAACUAAGAAGCUCCUUGGUAAUGUGAGGAAAAGUGAUGUUCAUAUUCUUGUAAGGAAUAAUGACAUCUUUAGAAGUAGAACGGUUUUAACUGUGGGGGAAUUCAUUCACAUGGAGACUGACAAAGCAGAAACUAAGCCAAGAAUUGAACGUGAUCAUGGAGCUUUUCUCACGGCAGGAAGUCUUCGGCUGAAAAACAGCUUCAUACCCAGAAUGGACUUUCCUGUUGCCUGCAAGGAAAAUGCAACGCUGAAGCAAAUAAUGGAGCAUACCACAGCGACUAACAGCAGUUUCAGCUUUCUGGUCAAUGAUAAGGAGCAAGUUACAGGCUUUCUCACAUUGAGGGAUAUAAUUCUGCAGUUUGCCCCACCAUGUGUUAAUUCUACCAUUAAUGGAGGUGGUUUUUUUGAAUUUGCCUUGGAGCAAAGUGGAUGUCAAGUGAAAGAUGGAACCAUGAUUCGUAAUCACUGAUCUGAUUUCUGCACACCUAUCAUUUUGUGUUCUAAAUUCAUGGCAUAUUUCAUAAUUUUGCCGAGUCUUAAGAGACUGUAUACAGUUUUCCCGUGAGAAGAAUCCGUAUCUCUGAUAGUCUUUUAAUCCAUCUUUUGCACGUUUCUUCUUACAAAGAACAGCUGCCAUUGCCAUUGCCACUGCUAUUUUAUUUUUUUGCUUUGAAUCAU